AGUAGGAAUGUGAAUCUACCUACUGCCAAUGUUAUCUUGGUUACUUAAAUUAACUGUUUAUUUUAUUUAACGAAGAUUCAAGGCACCUCUGUUAUUAUCUGGCUUUUGCAUUUAUAAGAAUCAAACAUGCCAUUUCAUGUUUGUAUGUGAUGCGGUUCAAAACUUUUCUGAAUAUAUUCAAAUCAAUACGAUCUACAUGAGUUCUAGAUGCAAGAAUACACAUUAAUACACAGUAAACCUCGCAAUACUGCAUUAUACAUUUGAAUGAAUCUAUUUUUGAUUUGAUUUUGGAAAUGGGAUCAACAGACGCGCAAAGAAGAAACGUAAAAAUAAUCAAAGAGACAAAACUGUAUAGCGAAGCAGUGACCUUAGCUGGCUAUGGAAAAUAUAACAUUUUUGUGUUACUGGCAACAGGGGGAUGCCUCAUGUGUGUUAUCAUCGAAUCCAUGAACAUGUCUUUCAUAAUUCCAGCUGCCCAAUGUGAUCUUAAGUUAUCACUAGCCCAAAAAGGCAUCUUAGUAUCGGUCAAUUACUUGGGCAUAAUAGUUACGUCCCACUUUUGGGGUUUUAUGGCAGACAUACGUGGAAGGAAAAACAUCCUGGUGUUUUGCUUGAUAGCAAGUUCCCUAUUUACUUUAUUUUCGAGUAUCGCUCCAUGGGCAUGGCUGUUUAUCAUAUUGCGAUUUUUCAAUGGAGCUUUGAUUGGAGGAGCGUCUUCAAUAAUUUAUCCAUUUGCUGGUGAAUUUCAUGAUAACUGGCACCGUCCGAAGGUUACGACAUGGGUAAGCUCGUUUGUAGCUGUUGGACAAAUUUAUAUUCCAGGACUGGCUUGGGCCAUUCUGCCCAGCGACUGGAGUUUUUACAUUGAGGGAUUGGGAAUCUCGUUUAAACCAUGGAGACUUCUCCUUAUAGCCUACGGUUUACCUAGCUUGAUAGUAGCUGCAAUGUUAUCUCUUUUGCCUGAAAGCCCGAAAUUUUUGUUAACUCAAGGUAAACAUGACGCAACUUUAAAAAUACUCACUACGAUGUUCGUAAUAAAUACUGGCAAAAAGUAUCACGAAUAUCCAGUAUCGACUAUAAUUAUGGAUGAAAUCGAGGUACAAAAAAGCGAAGCUAAACCAACAAUACUUCAGUUAUUGCGAAGUCAAACAGCAAUGCUAUUUAAUAAGGAAUAUGCUCUUAAAACUAUAUUAAUUUGUUAUUUGCAGUUCGGAGUAUUUUUAUCAGCAUCAGCAUUAGCGCUUUGGUUUCCGCAAAUUCUCAAUACUCUAUCAAACUAUGCGCAAACUGUAAAAAACUCUGAAGUCACUCUAUGUAGAGGGAUUCGCAGUGAACCACGAACCCUAACCGAUUUAAGAACGGAUUAUUUAAGCUUCGAUUUAUGGCAAGCAAAUAGAAAUUACACUACUCAGGAAGAUAGUUGUAUCGACUCUGUAGAUCCCGGGGUUUUCUUAGUUAUGCUACUGACUGCUGUGGCAAUUGGAAUUACUUAUAUACUAAUAGGAAUUUUCAUAAAUAAGAUUGGAAAAAAGGUAUUACUAAUAGGAUUUGUCGUGAUCACCGGAAUAUGCGGCCUUAUAGCCCAAUAUAUCUCCGGCUAUGAACUUAUUUUAAUAUUUUGCGGAAUUUAUUUGCUAAUUUCCGCAUUGAUAGGAGUUGUAAAUGCAUUGGCAGUCGAUUUAUAUCCAACAAGUGUUAGGGCAUUGGCCAUGGCCGUGUCUCUGAUGAUUGGAAGAAUGGGAGCAAUGAUUGGUUCGAAUAUAGUUGGAGUGAUUUUUUACAACUACUGUGAAUAUGUUUUUAUAUUUGUGGCCAUAAACCAUGUUAUCUUGAUAAUAGCGGCUAUUUUAUUGCCAACCAAGAAAGUCCAAGAUAUAGAAUUGCCAGCAAUUAAUAAUGAAGCUGAUUAGAUACUGAUUUUUGUUGAAUGUGUUUCAAUAUUAUUUUGGUAAUAAAACGUCUUCAAAUGUU